AUGUCUAAAGCAGAUUACCUCUUAUCUAUUGAAUCGGUGAGACCACGCUGCAAGAUUGUAUUUGAAAAGGCUCUUGUCAACCAGCUCACCAAUUUUGAUGUUGACCUUUCAAAAUUGGAUGGAUUGGUUGAUUAUACAAUCAAAACAAUCCAGGAUGAUUUUGGAACUGCAUAUGAUAAGAUCCCUCCUCAUGGAAGAUGGCAACAUUUUGAAGCAGGCGGUGUACCUCGCAUUGACCAACUGGUUGGUCUAUGGCCAGAUAGUGAUAAGAAAGAAGUGACCACUCGUCUGAUAGAUCUCUUUUUGGUUUCUGUACUGCUCGAUGCUGGAGCUGGAAAGCAUUGGAAGUAUGUGGAGAAAGGGUCGGGCCAGGUAAUUAAUCGUAGUGAGGGUCUGGCAACUGCCUGUUAUCAUAUGUUCAAAGAUGGUUUGUUCUCAUCUCUUCCAGAUCAGGAUCCUUAUAGAGUUGAUGGAAAAGCAUUAGUGAACCUUAAUGAGGAUGCAUUUAAAGCAGGGAUGCAAGUUAGUGAUAGCAAUCCUUUGGAGGGAUUCAAUGGCAGGUUAGCUUUGUUGAACAGACUUGGCAAGGCUCUCCAGGAAAACAAGCAGCUGUUUGGGCCAGAUGCUAGACCCGGUUACUUGGUUGACUAUCUACUAUCCCAUGAGAAGACAAUUGGAAGAACUGUUCCACUGACUACGUUGUGGGAUGCUUUGAUGAAGGGAUUGGGUCCUAUUUGGCCACAGGAAGGACGAACCAAGCUUGACGGCGUCGUUCUUGGAGAUACAUGGCCAUGCUCGUCUAUGCCUCACAUCGUUUCAGAUCCUUCGCAGAGCCUUGUACCGUUCCACAAGCUUACUCAAUGGCUAUGCUAUUCUUUGCUAACACCUAUCAAAAAGUACCUAGAUCUUGAAUUUGUAGGCGAGUCUCUCCAAACGGGCUUACCAGAGUACCGUAAUGGAGGAUUGCUUGUUGACAUGGGUGUACUAACGCUCAAGCCAUCCGCUAUUGCAUCGGCAUCAUCAUCGUCUGACAAGUCCGCCUCUAGUGUACCAGUUUUUCCAGUUGAAUCCGACGUUAUUGUUGAAUGGCGUGCUGUCACUGUGGGCUUUCUAGACCUCAUCUUGGACAAGGUCAAUGCGAAGCUCGGUUCCCAGCUCUCCCUUCCACAAUUACUCGAAGCAGGUACUUGGAAAGCUGGACGUAGAAUUGCUGCUGAACUUCGCCCCGUCACAAAUGGGCCUCCUAUCGACAUCAUCAGUGAUGGAACUGUUUUUUAA